CUCUCUCUCUCUCUCUCUCUCUCUCUCUCUCUGACUCUCCGUUUCUCAGCCAGGUCGGGGCGGGCUGUAUAAAAGCGGAACGUGAAACAGCUCCCCCACUCAUUCAGCAACGAUUUGACUGAAGAAGCAUCAUGUCUGGCAGAGGGAAAGGAGGCAAAGGACUGGGGAAAGGCGGAGCAAAGCGGCACCGCAAAGUGCUUCGCGAUAACAUCCAGGGCAUCACCAAACCGGCCAUCCGCCGCCUGGCUCGCCGUGGCGGUGUCAAGCGCAUUUCAGGCCUGAUCUACGAGGAGACCCGCGGGGUGCUGAAGGUUUUCCUGGAGAAUGUGAUCAGGGAUGCUGUCACCUACACCGAGCACGCCAAGCGGAAGACGGUCACCGCCAUGGAUGUGGUGUACGCUCUGAAACGCCAAGGCCAGCGGCUUCAUCAUUCUCAGAGUCUGUGUUCCACAGCGUUUGUUAUCAUGGCCAGGACCAAGCAGACAGCGCGCAAGUCGACCGGAGGGAAAGCUCCCCGCAAGCAGCUGGCGACCAAAGCUGCCCGCAAGAGCGCUCCAGCCACGGGCGGCGUGAAGAAGCCCCAUCGCUACAGGCCCGGCACUGUGGCUCUGCGGGAGAUCCGCCGCUACCAGAAAUCCACCGAGCUGCUGAUCCGCAAACUGCCCUUCCAGCGCCUCGUGCGGGAGAUCGCUCAGGACUUCAAGACCGACCUGCGCUUCCAGAGCUCGGCCGUUAUGGCCCUGCAGGAGGCCAGCGAGGCUUACCUGGUGGGGCUCUUUGAGGACACCAACCUUGCUGUUAUAAGCAUUAUGUCUGGCAGAGGGAAAGGAGGCAAAGGACUGGGGAAAGGCGGAGCGAAGCGGCAUCGCAAAGUGCUUCGCGAUAACAUCCAGGGCAUCACCAAACCGGCCAUCCGCCGCCUGGCUCGCCGUGGCGGUGUCAAACGCAUUUCGGGCCUGAUCUACGAGGAGACCCGCGGGGUGCUGAAGGUUUUCCUGGAGAAUGUGAUCAGGGAUGCUGUCACCUACACCGAGCACGCCAAGCGGAAGACGGUCACCGCCAUGGAUGUGGUGUACGCUCUGAAACGGCAGGGCCGCACUCUCUAUGGAUUCGGCGGCUGA